ACUUUUUUUUUAAUCAUUCAAAAAUCCUUUCUGGUUUAUCACUUUCGUGAAGUCAAAAUUCAAAGUUAACCGCAAUGACUACGCAUUUCUACUACCCGAACAAGGAGCUGCAGGAGGAACUCAUCUGCAUAUCGAAGGCGUUGGUGGCUCCUGGAAAGGGAAUCCUGGCGGCCGAUGAGUCCAGUGCUGUGAUGGGCAAGCGGUUCCAACUGAUCGGUGUGGAGAACACGGAGGAGAAUCGCCGGUUAUACCGCCAAAUGCUAUUCACGACCGAUCCGAAGAUAGCGGAGAAUAUAUCCGGCGUGAUAUUCUACCAUGAAACACUGCAUCAGCGUACGGAUGACGGACUGCCAUUCGUGGAGGCCCUCAGAAAGAAGGGCAUCCUGACGGGAAUCAAGGUGGACAAGCACUUUUCACCACUCUUCGGCUCCGAGGAUGAGUUCACCACCCAGGGUCUGGAUGAUCUGGCCAAUCGAUGUGCCCAGUACAAGAAGGAGGGCUGCAGCUUUGCCAAGUGGAGGUGCAUCCUGAAGAUCACUAAGAAUACUCCUUCGCCGCAGGCCAUUUUGGAAAACGCAAAUGUCAUGGCCCGGUAUGCAGCCAUCUGCCAAUCGCAGCGACUAGUACCCAUCAUUAGUCCCGAGGUCCUGGCCACCGGAGAUCAUGAUUUGGAUCGGUGUCAGAAGGUCAACGAAAUCCUCCUGGCUGGAGUAUACAAAGCCCUUAGUGAUCACCACGUUUUCCUCGAGGGAACUCUUUUGCAACCCAGCAUGGUGAUGCCUGGAUUGCAGAGUAACAAAAAUCAUCCGCCAGCGGAUAUUGGAGUGGCUACAGUUCUCGCCAUUAGACGAAGUGUUCCUCCGGCCGUAAUGGGAGUACUUUUUUGUGGUGGUGCUCAAUCAGAGGAAGAGGCCACGGUUCAUUUGAAUGCAAUUAACAAUGUUCCGCUUUGUAAGCCAUGGGCCAUGACCUUUGCCUUUGAUCGGGCUCUUCAAACAUCGAUAUUGAGGACUUGGGGUGGCAAGAAGGAGCAGAUCACCCAUGCUCAAAAUGAACUUAUCAAGCGGUGCAGGGCCAAUGGUCUGGCAAGCAUUGGAAAGUAUGUAAUUGGCUCCGUGGAAAGCUCAGCUGCCACUGAAAGACUCAUUCAAGAAGCCGUCGAAUUCUAAGGAAAAAUAUCAGUUAAAUAAUCAAAAUCUUAAAUUUAAUGGAACCACUUUCGAUCUUUGUAGAGUAACAAUUAAUUAGUCAGGACAAUUUUAAUUUUUGUGUUCGUCGCAACGUGGGACUAGUAUUCUGGAAUUCCUAGCGAGUAAAGUGCUCCUUGGUGACUUCUGGCCACCACUUGACCGCAGGCCGAUUAUGUGAUGCCAGCCAGUAGAGGGGCGAACAAGUCGAAAUAUGGUUAACAAGCCUGCAAAGAGCAACAUGACUCUUGGAGCGAAGUGUCGGCUUAAUCCGCGGAGAUUACCAGACGACCGCGCGACACGCAGCUGCGUUCAGAGCUCCAGCUACGCAGCAGCUUAAUUAACGCAGGCGCAUGCCAAAAACCAAAACGUUGGCCAUGUGCAACAGCAACGGCAACAAGAGCAACAGCAGCAGCACCGGCAACAGCGGCAACUGCAGCAACAUCAACAACAGCAGCAGCAACAACAUCGGCAAGCCCGGGUUGAGUGUUUCGACUUAAUCAGGCGGUUCCGAGCCGCUCAAGUCGGUGUCAUGUUGUUGGCAAAUUAGUCAGACUGCCACCAGGAAUCAUGGUAAGGUGAGGAGGGGGUUGCACGCAAAUCGCAAUAAUUAAAAUUAAAGCAGCCACUAACUUAUAGCCUCGCCUUUCGCUGCAAAGUCAGCUCCUCCCAGUUGUCACGCGCAGUAUUUUAAAACAAGCAACCAGCCACAUUGCCUUCCGAGUGUAAGGACUCAAAUGUACUUCGGGAAAAUAAGAGUUAAUAUAGAAAUUCAAUACAAUUAAAUAAA